CUAAGCAAACACUUAGUCAACAUCCAGAUCUGGCUCUAGGCCGAGCUGCCUGCACUGCGUCACUCAGGGAGCAAUGCCUUGAUCCACAAAAAGACUACCCACCUCUACUUCAAUGAGCAGACAACUGUCCUGGCUUUGUCACUAGCAUAACUUUAUACUUCCCACUAUUUUAUGCCGCGAUGCCAAGUGAAGAGCCCGUUGGCAAUCUACUCGAUAUGUCAUAUGAAGAAUUUGCCAAAGUUUCCCUACCUCUUUAUCAUGGUCCUAUGGUCAAAAUAAAAAUAGGACCCACGGCCUAUAACGUGUCUAAGCCACUUCUUUGCAGCCAUUCACCAUAUUUUGCAGGAAUGUUUAAUGGGAAGUUCAAAGAAGGGCAAGAACAGUCCGCAGUACUGGAAGAGAUUGAGGGAGUUGUAUCAAAUCGAAGUUUUCGAUUAUUUCUCCAGUGGCUGUACCUCGGCCGUGUUAUUCUUGGCAAGGAAUCGCCAACAGACUGGAUAUCUGCGAUGAUCGAAUUUGCCAGACUCGCAGACAUGCUAAGUAUCAGCAAUGUGGAAUCACAAAUCGUUGAACAUAUCCGCGCGACUAUUUUGGACAAUGUUCCAGACGCUUAUUCUAAAGACAGACUUGUUCGUCACAUGACGCCUGAACAUGUCUAUGCAGCUACUCGCUUACCGAAGGGACAUUUGGUUCGGCGACUACUCGCUCAAGCAACAAUAGACACGUUCCUACAUUCUAAUACUUUCAAGUUCUCAGAGGUGAUUCGAGAAGAACCAGAGUUUGCAGCAGAUGUUUUACAGGAGCUUAAGGUGUCCCUUAAAAGUGUGAAACCGGAAUGCAAUGUGCCCAUCCAUUUCAAGGAGCCUUUGAGUGGGAAAGAGGUAGUGUUUAAUCCACAUUAAAUACAUACAUUGAAGGGAAUCUUGCUGUACGAGUUUCUCUNGCCCUGGG